UUACUGACGAAGGUAAAGUUUGAAGUGACUAAAUCAAUAUUAGUUCUAAGGGUAUUCUAUCGUUCUUUGAAUAUUCUUCGCGAGGAAAUAUAAAUGACAAUUCACAUGAAUUUAAAAUUAUUACAAACUGUAAAAGUUGUGUGUUUCUAUAUUACUUUUGAACUAUGGUACAAGAAUAUUUAAUUUUCUUGAUAACACCAUAAAUAAUAAAUCUUUCAUUCGUAGUAACACAACUUCUAUAUAUUUAUUUCAUUCUAAAGAAUUGGAUACUUUUGAUUCAGUUAAAAUUCAACUAUCGAGAUAUGGAUUUCUUUGACAAUCGUUGCUUUAGAUUAAAUAAAAUUUUAACAUCUAUUAUUGGGCAAUGGCCUUAUCAAACGAAAAAGCAAACAAUUAUUAUAUCAUCAAUUUAUUUAUUUAUGAACACAUCUCUCGUUAUUGUCACGAUAAAUGGUCUAAUAACAUUGGAGUUAAAUUUUGAUGAAAUUCUUAAUAACGUGACUAUUAUUAUGACCAACAUAGGAAUAUUGGUAAAAAUGAUCAAUUGCAUAAUUAACAAAAAAAAGAUGAAAUAUCUUCUCAAUUGUUUCAAAUCAAAUUGGAUGGAGAUGUCCGAGACAGAAAUUGAGAUUCUGCAACAAUGCUCUGAUAAAGGAAAAUUUAUAAUUAUAGCAUAUUUAAUUCUUGUAUAUUCAACUUUGUCUAUUUUUCUAAUGACUUCAUACACGCCACAAAUUCUUGACAUUAUUAAACCGUUAAAUGAAUCGCGUCCAAGAAGAAGGGUUUAUAGAUCAAAUUAUUUAUUAGAUGACAAAGAAUACUUUUAUACUCUUUUAAUGCAUGAGCAAAUUACUGUUUUUCUAAAUAUGACAACAUUAAUUUGUGUGGAUACAAUGUAUGUGAAGUAUGUUGAACACAUUUGUGGAAUAUUCGCCAUUUUACGAUAUCGAAUAGAAAGUAUUAUGAAAAAUUCAGAUUUUUCCAAAAAUCGUACUUCCAAACAAGACGAACAAAUUACAAAACAAGUUUCUCAUUGCAUUGCUUAUCAUCGAAAUGCAAUCAAAUAUGCUGAAUGUGUCGAAUCUAUUUAUGGGCUUGCAUUAUUUAUGCAAUUAUCAGCAAGUUUGGCAUUGAUGAGCGCAACCGGAUAUGUGGCCGCGGUAAAAUUAGGAACAUUUAAUGAAUUUAUGCAAAUUAUUCCCUUUUUUAUGGGACAAGUGACACAUUUGUUUUACAAUUCCCUUCCAGGACAACAAUUAAUUAAUUUCAGUGAAGCAAUUGGGGAUUCAGUAAGCAGUGCACAAUGGUACAGAAUGCCUAUAAAAGCGCAAAAGCUUCUAAUAUUAUUAAUGAUUCGAAGUUUUCGUCGACCUUGCACAAUUCAAGCAUUUGGUGGAAUUUUUACACUUUCCGUGGAAACAUUUAGUACGGGCAUGAAAACGUCAUUCUCAUAUUUUACGGUUUUAUUAACCAUGAGUGAAUAAACAUACGACAAAAGAUUUUUCUUUUUUUUUUCUGCAAAUGUACAAAAUAUUAAUGAAAAUUCAUUUAUUGAAAAUGAUUAAUUGAUUAAAUGUAUAAAUAAUAUAUAUACACAAAAUUUAUACGAUUGUCAUUAAUUUAAUAAAACAAAUAUUAAUUAAAUUUUUCUACUAUAUUAAUAUAUCAAUAAUGUUUCUUUAAAUUUGAAAAGAAAAAAUUUUGUAUUUACAAUAUAAUGAAAAUAAAUUUAAUCAAAUAUUUAUUGAAUUUAAUAAAUCUCUUUAUUGGUGGAAAAAAAAAUACAUUACCGAGAUUUAUUUUCAAAAAAAUAAUUAUAAUAAAUCAAAAGUUACUUUGAAAAAGGCAAUUUGCAGUAAAAUAUAAUUUUGGCAAACUUUUUCAUUUUUGCCCAAUAUAUUUUUUUAAUUUAAUAAAACUUUAAAAAUAAGAAGGGGCAUCUUUUUUUCUAUCACAGAUAAUUCAACAAUAUUUAUAAUUGUCUACUUAUAAAUAUACAUCACAGUUCGCUGCGGAUAUUAUUCAAUUAUAAUUAUAACAAUGAACGUUUCAUUGAUUCAAUUAUAAUCACAAUACUAGUUUCCGCAUUAUUUUUCUAAUUCUAUUAAAAAUAGAAUCUAUUGAUGAAAAAAAUAAAUAAAUAAAUAAUGAAUCACAAUCCGUUUCUUUAGUGUACAAAUUAUAAAAAUAAAUAAUUAUAUAAAUGUCGUUUUCAAAUAUGUACACAUUGUAAAAUAUAUACAAAUAAGACUUUCGAUUGUCUUUUAUAUUUAGUAACUAUAAAUUUAAGUUCUUUGUAAAAUUUUCUUAAUAGUUUUUUUUUUUUUUUUUUUAAAUCACAAUCACCGUUUUGUUGAUUUUUCAGUGCACUUUACAAAAAUUUAUAAUUUUUUUUUUCUAUGAUCUUAAAUCUAUUUUUCUUAAAUGCUAGUAUUUAACAAAAAAACAUUUUUUUUUAGAAGACCCGAAUGUUAAGACUAUAAAUUUAAAAAAUAUGGAUUUUUUUUUCUUUAAUACUAGUUAUUAAUUAUUCUUCUCAACAAAUUGUAAAUUUUCAAAUCAUGAAUUUUUCUCUCUCAACAAUUUUUGGAAAAAAUUUUAAAUACUAUAAAAUUGUAAAAUAAUAAUAAAUUGGAUAUUAUAUCAAAUUACAGUCUUUUAGUUAUAUAAAAAUGUAAGAGCAAAAAAAAAAUAAUCUCGAAAAUAACCCAGAUAUAACAUCAGUUUACGAUAAGCUAGCAGUGUAAGCUUGCCGCAAGUUAGAUAACAUUUUAUUGCCAUCGGAAAGCUUAUGGCAAACUUGCACUUCAAGCUUGUUGCAAGCUGAUGUGUUAUCUAGGAAUCUGUCUCUUAUAUUUUCAUUCCAACAAAUUACGUUCGACCUUGCAAUCUAUAAUAAUACUUGAAAUUAUCUCAAAAAAUAAAAUUAAUUUUUUUUAAAGUCACACCUCCAUAACAAGAUAAUUUUUUUUUUUUUUUGCAAAAAAUAUGAGACCUCAUUAUUACUUCACAAAAAAUAAUUGUCAGUCUUUACAUUCUUGUGAAAUUUACAAUUUCAUUUUUUUUUUUCAAUUACAAUUGAUGUCGUUAUUUACAAUUGUUAAUAUUAAUCACCUAUUUUUAUUAUUAUACAAUUAAAUAAUACAUUUCAUUUUUUUUUUAAUUGUAAUUCAGUCUCAUAUUUUUUUUUUAGUUAAAAUCAUUAUUUUUUUCUAAUUACUGUACAAUAACUACAAUUGUAUGAUACCUCAUUUAAUAUUGUAUAUAAGAUUUAAAAAAAACACAUACAACAAUAAAAACAAGUCAAUAAAUAAAUGAACAAACAAGCAAAAACAAAAAAAAAAGUGAGUGAAUCUUAUAAAAACAAUAAAGAACACUCACAUUAAAAAUAAAAAAACACAGUCUCAGUGGUGUAAAAUUAUAAAAAGUCAAAAACGCAUAUUCAAUCCACACGAAAUAUAGUCAGACGCUCUGGGUGUUUUUUUUUUCUUUUUCAUUUUAAGCACAAAUUUUUUUUUUUUUUUAUAUAUAAUUGACAAUAUAAAAAAUGUGGUAUCAUUAAACUUGUCAAUAAGAAAUUCACACUAAUAAAAAUAUUGGUGAUCAAGAGUAUAGCUGCAUAGCAUUUUUACACUUACCCUGUAAGUCGCUUUUACGCCCAGGACAAAUAACAAUUGUCGCUGCAGCAUUAGAGCCAAGUAAAAAUGAAAUUCAUUUUUAAAUUAACAAAAAAAAAAGUUGCUAAAAAUAUUGAUAAAAUUAGCAAAUAAUAAAUGAUAAAAAUCUCGGCUUAAAGAGUACAAGUAGUCCAUCGCAGAAUUUCGAUCUGUUGAAAUUCAUUUGUUCUUUAUGUACAAACAAAUGAUGUUCCUUCGCAAAUUAGUAAAUUAGAUCAUUAAUUUUUUAAAUAAAAAAAAAAAAAAAAUUUUUCUAUUCGUUGCUACUGUCUAAUGUGAAGUGCAAAUUAUUUUCAGUCUUUAUCAUAUUUUCACGUCAUAUUCCUUUUAAUUUUAAUUGUUAUUAAUAAUUAUAAUUUAUUAAUAAUAAUAAUUAUUAAUUAUUUAAUAAUGCUACAAAGUCUCAUUAAAUAAAUUUUAUCAGAAAUAUAAAAUGUUUUCGUAAUUUUUUUUUUAAAUAUGCAAAUCACAUUAAAAAAUACCAAACGAAUGAUUAUUCUGAAAUAAAUAAUUACAUUAAUUCAUAAUCGCGAUUUUUUUGUAAAAUAGUUUCGCUAUUUUGCUUUUUCAAAUUAGAAAAAAAAAGAUCAACAUCUAGUGAUAUAUAUAUAAAAGCAAAAUUUACGAAUAACGCUACAAUUUGUUUCAUAAUACAAAGAUUUUUUUUUUUUUUUUUUUUUUAAAUAAAAAUCUAUCAAUUCAGCCAAUUUUCUAUU